GAUAAGAUUCAACUAUCAUAAUCUGUGUAAGAAAAUAUAAAAAGUGAAACUAAAACAAAGAGUAAAAUAAAAGUCAAUUUAGUAAAUUCUGAAAAAAUUAAAAUUUGAACGAAACGUUGGUACUAGGCGUAAAAACUAGAUUGCGGAUUUUUCUGCAAUUAUGAUAAAUACAAAUAUACAAAAAUAUGCAAAGUAUGCUACAUAUUCAAGAAUGUACGAAGUAUAAAGACGAAGAAUUUUAUAUAACUAAUUUUGCAUAAAUAUCAGCAGUCUAAAACUCUUCAUGCGUCAUAAUUGCUUACUUUGCCGUGACACAUAAAAAGAGCACGCAUAUGUUAUAUAGAAAGAUAUAUUAUAGAUUUCGUAAAUUUCAUAAUUUAGAAUUGCUAUAAUGCCUUUUCAGGAAUUCGGGCUAAAAAAUAUAUUGCAUGAUUGAUAUACCCUCGUAUCUCGUCUGUACCAUAAUUUUAUAAGUUCUUAUACAUACUAAUGUGGUACACGUUCAACACUUGGCUGUAUGGUGCAGCACCUGCACUGUGGAACAACUAAGCAAUGGAUGGGAGUACUCUCAUUGCCUCUUUAUUAAUACUUAAAAUCAAACAUAAACAUCAGUCGUGUGCUACAUGCUAGAUAGAAAACAGCAAAAAUGUCUGAACAUUCGAUAUAUGAUAUGGCCUACCGCGGCAAAACCACAGACGUUAAAAAUUUAUUAAAUGAAAAUGAAAGAUUAAAAACAGCUAAAGAUGGUAAUAGUCGAAUGUUAAUACAUUGGGCAGCACUCGGUGGACACGAUGACUUAGUAAGAUAUUUAUUAUCUCUUGAUGUACCGGUAGAUCCCACUGAUGAUAUGGAUAUGACACCAUUAAUUUUGGCAGCAUCAGCUGGUCGUGAGAAAGUUGUUAAUACCUUACUAAAUGAAGGUGCAAAUGUUAAUGCCAAAACUCAAGAAGGUCAUUCAGCAUUGCAAUAUGCGGCAUCAAAAAACUGGAAAUCUAUUUGUGCUGCAUUACUAGAAAAAGAUGCUUAUAUUAAUAUUGUCGACAAACGUGGUGCUACACCACUACAUAGAGCCGCAUCUAAGGGCAAUAUUGCUAUUGUGAAACUUCUCAUAGAAUAUGGACGAAAUUUAGAUAUCGAUAGUAAAGAUGUUGAUGGCAAUAGUGCAUUACAUUUAGCAUGCGAGGAAAAUCGUGUUGAUGAAGCUAAGUUGUUAGUGAAAAAUGGUGCUACCACAACACUGAUGAAUAAACAAAAGAAAACGCCUCUGGAUUUAGCAAGUCCAGGAUUAGUACGGCAACUGAAAGAACUACAGGGAAAUUGACCUUUAAUAAUAAAAUAAAGCAUCAAUGUCAUUGGCUCAGUGAUGUCCAAUCUGCGUUUUUUAGCGUUAAUGCAAACUUAAUAUUUGAUAAUAUAAAAGGUGUGUUAUGUUAAUUUAUUCAUACAAAUUCAUACAAAUGAUUUUGUUAUGUUAAAGAUAAUACAGAUAUGAGAUAUAUAUGAAUGAAUUCCUAUAUAGUUUUUAAAUAACAAGUAUGCAAAAAGAGGAAGAAAAACAAGAACCUACAUUAAUUAUAGUUAGCAUCUCAAUAUACAAUAAUUUUUAUAGUUGCAAGAGAUACAAAAUGAAUGAAAAUAGUAUUAAUGUUUUCUUCAACUUGAAGAUACAGCAUUCUUCCAUACUACAUGAAAAUGUAAUCAAAGCAAAUUGUUUAUAUGGGAUAAUGUUCAAAAUGCCAAUAUUCAAAAUAAUAUAUGGCAUAUAACUAGAAACUAUCUUAUAAGAUUGUAUUAAUUAAUUUGCAAACAAAAUUUAACAAAAUCAUUUAAUUUAAAACCGUUCAAACUAUUUCAUCUGCUGUCUAUGCGAUAUAAAUAGUUUAAAAUGUUUAUUUGAAUAAAAAAAGUCAAAUAAAGGUGAAUAUUUCUUAUAAAAGUCUUCAUCUUUGUAAAAAUAUAGAUACUAAAUGGAACAAACGUUUCUCAAUAAUGUUAAUAUAUAAUAUAUAAAUCUCA